AUGAAAAAACGAUACAGCAAGGAUGACACUCCUCCUAAGGGUAUGGCAAACUUGAAUUUCCAGCAAGCGCCUAGAAGCCUAGCAAGUGGUGGAGUUGGCGGUAGAGUUGGGUCAGGAUUGGUUGGAGGAGUUUCAGGGCAUGUGACACCAACAUUUGGUGGUGCCCUGUCGCCAGGACGGGGUUCCACGGUAAUGCCAGGAGGGGCUCCACCCUCCAUGGCAUCUAGAUCAACACUAUUCGGACAAAGGACAUUUGCAGAUCGUAGAGUUCCAAUGGCCACUCCACUAUCACAAGCAAACUCAAAUUCAAUGUCGAGUAUGGCGAAUCUGUCGAGGUUCAACGCGGGUAACUACCACUCGGUGUUCGGUGAGGGCGGGGACACGUCGACGCCGCCGCUGCUGGACCUGAGUGAGUUCCCGUCGCUGACGGCGCGGGGCGCUGGCGACCAGGCCCCCGCGGCCGCGCCUCCGCCCCCCGGCUCUAAACCUUACGUGGGUAUGGUGAAGCAGCCAACAUCCGAGCAAUCAGAGUUCACGAUGUCAUCAGAGGACUUCCCCGCGCUGCCCGGCACGUCGGCCGGCGCGCACGCGCCUGCGCCGCCCGACUACGUGCACGCGCCCGACAAGCCUCGCAAGGGGAUACAGACCUCGCCGGACGGUGAGUUUGUCAGUCAAGGAGCACAUACGGAAUAUUACGGCAAAGUGACAAACAUACCAGAAACAAUGAUACCUAACCAGUUUGGAAUAGUGGGGCUGUUAACUUUCAUCAGAGCGGCCGAAUCUGACCCGAGCCUGGUGUCGUUGGCUUUAGGACAAGAUUUGACGGCUUUAGGCCUCAAUUUGAAUUCACCAGACAAUUUGUACCUCACCUUCGCUGGCCCUUGGGCGGAUACGCCCUGCAGGCCACAAGACAUGGACUAUCACGUUCCCCCCGAGUAUCUCAUCAACGGCUCCAUAAGAGAGAAGCUAGCGCCACUACGACUCAGUCGGUACAAGGAGGAUCUACUGUUCUACCUGUUCUACUGCUUCGUGGGCGAUGUACUGCAGAUUGCUGCGGCGGCGGAGUUAUACAACCGCGAAUGGCGGUAUCACAUGGAAGAGAAAGUGUGGAUCUCGCAAGCGCCCGGCAUGCCUAUGGUGGAGAAGACUUCCACGUACGAGCGCGGCACUUACUACUUCUUUGAUGCGCACAAUUGGCGCAAGGUGGCGAAAGAAUUCCACUUAGACUACAGCAAGCUCGAGGGCCGGCCGCAGCUGCCGCCGCACGUGCUCACG